UUAACGUUCCUAAUCGGUAUUGUCAAUCAAUGUAUUUAUCUUUAAAAAAUAACCUUCUUGCCAGGAACGCUUUUUCGCAGACACAUGCUUCGGCAACCGGAACUAUUUUGCUGUUGCGCUGACCUUUUACCCCAGGAGACCAAACGGUUUUUUUCCCCCUUUGUGUUUAUGAGGUGGCUAGCUAAAACCCAAGGAAACAUAGCCAGUGCUAGCUACUUCAACAAAAAUCGUGUAUUUCUAUUUUAGACAGCAGGAGAUAUUGUUGUACGCAGGCCAUACUGGAUUUUUGAGUCUUUACCAGCUAGCUAUAUGGAAAAAUCCUGGAUUUCAGCGGAUAACUGUGGUCGUGUCGUUAGUGAUGCUGAGAGCUGCCUUGGAGUGUAAACACUGAAUUACUAGAAGGUGUGGCACCAGAUAGGAAACGGAAAGAGAGCGUGCCUUGAUAGAAAAAUGGGGGAGAAAAAGCCGGAACCGCUGGAUUUCGUGAAGGAUUUCCAGGAGUAUUUGACGCAGCAAACGCACCACGUCAACAUGAUCUCAGGUUCUGUGGGUGGCGAUAAAGACCCAGAAGUGCUCCAAGGAGGUGAGACAUGUCUGCAGUCAAAUCCUGUGGGAGUGCAGUCAGAGGAUGGAUAUGAAGGUGAUAGUGCCAGUGUAGAGUACAGACCUAUGUUCUAUUUACCGGCAGCCGGUACAGAGAACGACCAGAAUGGGCUGGACCACCCAUCCGUGGAGGUGUCCCUGGACGACGGCUCAGGGAUGCUGGUGGACGGCUUCGAGAGGACGUACGACGGAAAGCUCAAGUGCCGGUACUGUAACUACGCCAGCAAGGGCACAGCACGGCUUAUUGAACACAUCCGAAUCCACACAGGAGAGAAGCCCCACAGGUGUCACCUGUGCCCCUUCGCCUCGGCGUACGAGCGCCACCUGGAGGCCCACAUGCGCUCGCACACGGGCGAGAAGCCCUACAAGUGUGAGCUGUGCUCCUUCCGCUGCAGCGACCGCAGCAACCUGUCGCACCACCGGCGGCGCCGCCACAAGCUGCUGCCCAUGAAGGGCGCGCGCUCCUCGCUCUCCAACAAGAAGAUGCUGAGCGUCCUGCAGAAGAAGUCGGGCUCGCUGGGCUACGGGCGGCGGCUCCUCAUCAACUUCAGCCCGCCCUCCAUGGUGGUGCAGAAGCCCGACUACCUGAGCGACUUCUCCCACGAGCUGCCCCACCUGCACCCGGAGGCCUACGAGAGCAUGGCCAAGCCCCGGGACGCCCACGAGGCGCUGGCCGACAACCCGCUCAACCAGCUGUCCACCCUGGCGGGGCAGCUGGCCAGCCUCCCCCCCGAGGCCCAGGCCCCCGCCUCCCCCGACGGGAUGUCCUGCCGGGACGAGAAGCCCUUCCUGGUCCAGCCGCCGGGCGUCGGCGGCCCCGCGUCGGCGGCGUCCGGGGGCGGGGCCCGGGCCUCCACGCCCACCACGCCGGAGCCCCGCCCCCCGGGGCACAGGAACUACAGCCCCGCGGCGGGGCCCAGCAGCGAGCACAGCGGGCGCACCAGCACGCCCAGCGUCAGCAACAGCCAGCCCAGCACCCCCGCGCCCGCCCCGCCCUCGCACGACCCCCAGCUGCUGAACAGCUGCCAGCACUGCGACACCUACUUCGCCGACAACAUCCUCUACACCAUCCACAUGGGCUGCCACGGCUACGAGAACCCCUUCCAGUGCAAUAUCUGCGGCUGCAAGUGCAGAAACAAGUACGACUUCGCCUGCCACUUUGCUCGGGGGCAGCAUAAACAGUGAUUGCACCGAGUCAGAGAGGAACCGAGUAACCGCUGCGUUUUUGUUUUGUUUUAGUUUUUUAAAAGAAAAGAAGCUUAACUUAUUGUUUUUAACUUUUUUUUAAAUUGGGAGAUUUGGUUCUAUUCAGGGUUUAGUGCGGGAAGUGAAACAAAACAUUUCCUCAUUUUUUUAUAUCUUAGAGAAACAGACUAUUUCUUCAGAAAAACAGCCUCAGCCUGUUGUGGUUUUAAAUCCGGGAAGCUAUUUGUUGAUGAGGAAGUCGGGUGAAAGAAUAGGGAAACUUAACAUUAUCCUCGGCCCUAUCCGGUAACCUUCAGCCACGGGUAUGUAUCGUCUAAAAUGACUGUGUUGAGGGAAUAGCGUUACUAAGCACAGUGUGUACUUUAAACAGUCCCACGCUCCCGCUGGUAAUGACUACGAUUGUUGUUCCUGACAUCCAAUCGAAAGAAACCAUUACAGAAUAACCGACUGUUAAAGUGGCUCUCGUGACACGAACGUUUGUCUCCAGUCUUUAAGAUGUAGCCUGACUGAGUAGCACAAAGCACAGUACCUAUACCGGAGUGGCCCGUGACCUCACUGCCUCACUGGCGUGAGCACACCCAAUCACGAGAGUGCAUUUCUAAUCACCUGUUGCAUUAUGGAAGCGAACAUCACAUAGGAAUUUACAGUAACACAUUUUACAUAUACUCACUAAGAAGCUGUUUAACAAUGUUGAGACUGAUCUUGUUAACCCCAUUCGGGAUACAUAUGUUAUGACUGACAGCAAGAGAUUUGUGGGGAUCAGUUUCACAGUUGGAGAUUAAGUCUAGUCCUAGGCUAAAUUCAAUUUUAAAUGGAGAUUCUUUGUACAAAACUCAAAUUAAUUCCAGGACUAAGUUUAAUCUGUGCCUGUGAAACUGGGCCUCAGAGUUAGGCCUAAAUGUUACUUUCAUAGGCAAUUUCAUAAGUUGUUUUGCAUGAACGUGGUGGUCAAGUACACAUUUGACAAGAAUCACCAGAUUUAUCUGGUUUUAGCACAACAAACACGAAACACUCAUUCAUCUUUCUGGACAAUGGAGUUUUCAUGUCCAGAGAUGGAUACAUUUAAUUAUGGAGAAUUAAAUCCCUGAAUUAAAUUCAAUUGUUCAUGGACACAUUUCUACAGGAAUGUCUCAAAUCAAGUCUCAAAUCAGUUUUUUUAUUUUUUAUUUCUUAUUUUUUACAAGUGAAUGUAUGCUGAAGCUAGGUGAUUAGACAUGAAAAUAGUUGGAAUUGUGCAUUAACUGUUUGACCACGUUAAAGCAAAGAAACUAGUUCCCCUCCCCCACCAUGUGGGGUCAUGUCAGCCUGAACCAACCUCUCGGUAAGCGAUAAACAUUCCCUGAACAUCCAUCAGCGUUUCCCAUGUCGCAAAGAUAUAAUUGGAUAUCUUUAUUGACGUAUAUUUAACAUAUGUCAGUCAAGGUGAAAGACUUAGUUUUCCCUCUGUAGGACCAUGCGACUGGCUAAAGCUAGCUCUGUAUUAGCUAACAAAUGUACACUCCCUGAAAAUGCAUUGACUUAUUCCUGAGUAAAAAAUACUAUCAUAUUUGGAAUUUUACUAAAUAUUUUGAAAAGAGUCUAGUCUUGGGAGUGUUCAUCUUCAAGGUUACAUAUAAAUGACUCCAGUUUCUGCUGCACAAGGUUGGAGAACUGACUAAGGUGCCAAUAAUAUUGCCUUUUUGAAGUUGCUUGGUAGCACUUUAGUGUUUUGUUCUGCAGUACAUUUCAUAAUAAAACUCCCUUCAUUUUGGACUUUUUUAAAGAUGAUUCCAUUAUCACGUGUCCCAUAUUAACAAUCACAGGAUGUAUGGUGUGAGCCAAGUAAUUCAACAUUUUAAAGCUAGCCAAGGAACAUAACACAAAACUAAGCCUUUAAGAACUUGAAUUACUCUCAUCAUUUCAAGGCCAAAGUAUUCUAAACCUUUUAAAAGUAUUUUUUUAAAUAGCAUAUUUUAAUAGCAUUGUAGCACCUCUAUGGAAUCACAGUAGUGUUCUUUACAAUCAGCAGUUUAACAAUUGUGCAUAUGUUUGAGUAUUUAUAAUGAGUUGCACAUUUUAACAAGUAUGUUUGUUAUCAGUUCUUAUACUGGUUUGUACCAAUAAUUCACAUAUGUAAUGUUUUAUUUCUGGAGAAAAACGAAAGAUUGGACUAUGUUAUACUUUGUAGAGAUGUGGUGAUAUCAGGUACCGUGUACACUAAUUAAUACAGUCAGCUUUUUUAUUUUAUUUGAAAUAUACAGCCCUCUAAAGCUAUUCAUGUUAGGGUCUGGUGUGUGUACAUAUUACCAAAUUUUUUUUUUGGUGGUACGUUUAUGAUAAGAGGAUUUUACUGAAGCAGAUGUGUGAACAUAUCUGUGAACCUUCAGUGACCUAAUACAAGCUGAAAUUAGGGUAGAUUUAAAAUUUUGUAUUUAAUAUCCCCAAACAUCAGUUUAGCUGUUGGUUACUGGAUAACCACACUUUUUUUUAUUUAAAAAAAGCGAUAACUGUCAGUAUUUUUCAGUUGUUGUUCAAAACAUUUUUUAUUUUUAUUUACCAGUUAUAUGUCUAGUUAUAUGUUUAUGGGAAUAAACUUUUUGUAAAGGUGUUUACUCAUUAUUAUAUUAUCAGACAGAUUCAAGACAUAAUAAUCUUUUGUUUGUAACAAAAUGACCUGCUAAGGAGACUUUGUAGUUGGUGCAGAUAUUCCUUAAAUCUUAAGUACCAUAUUUUUAAAAUCAUCUUGCUAUUUAAUGGUGCAAUAUGCAAGUUUUCACCCUAGUGGCAACAAAUGAUAAUUACAUCAACGUUCAAAUGUAAACAAAAAUGCAAUGGGAGAGACUAUGGGAAAACACACACCGAAAAUGCGGAUAUUAUUUGGUGAUACCCCAUGCUGGUCCUGUUGCAGAGUGAGUGAUCCAUGCUUGGCAACCUGACAGGCUGUGUAGCUGCCUUCCUGAAGUAGCAAGGAACAUUAGCAGGAUUUAUAAAACAGCAAUAUCAGCUGCUUUGCAAUUCAGUGAUGAGAUGUUGAAUGUUUUCCAUCUAGGUAACAAGUUAGCCUUUACGUUUUAUCUGUCAAAAGUCAUGUUUUUACCUGAUUGAAUUACCUAUUAUACAUCAGUUACUGUCUUUUGUGUAAUGCCACUUGAGAUGUAAAUUGUUUAGUUUGAAACAGAUUAUGCAAACUAGAAUGCUAGCAGAAUAUUACAUACAUUAGCAAAACAGCCAAUACAAUCCUAUAAUAGUUUAUCGAUUUCAAUAAUACAAGUGAUCAACUGAUUGAUAGCCACGGAAACUACCUGUCUUCAUGACAAAGCAAUUAUUGCAUUUACGUAAGAAUAGUAAUGUUAGAGAAACACCCACAGGGGGAAAAAAAAAAAAAAAAAAAACUAAAUAAAAAAUAUUUGCCUAAUGCCAUACAUGUACUUUUCUGUUUAUCAUUUUGAUCAAUAGCUAAUUAGUUACCACCUUUUGAUAUCCAACAUUAUUCAUUUGUAAAUGAAGUUUCUGAGACUGAUGUUGGCUUUUAAAGUUGGGUUUGCAGCUAAAUUUAUGAACUAAAUUAGGUAGCUAACAUGGAUGUCUAACUAGAUUGGUUGCUGCCAUACACUGUCUGUGAUUGUGAUUGUACUUCUGAACAUUUGGACCAGCAAGAUUUUGUGGGUUUCUAUCACAACCCAAAAGUAGUCACUUGUAGUGAUAUAAUUUUGUUUACAAACAACGAUACCACCCAAACAGAGCCAUUUAAAAAUUCUAAUUUAGAAGACUCAAAGAAGACCUAAGGUGCUUCUCCCACCAAAUCUCAUUCUGUUAGCUGCAAAUUUAUCAUGGUCAUUUAGUGGUAAAUUAUUGAAAAAAGUAGCCUUCUGCACCUUUAAAAGCAUUUUCUUUUCCCAAAUGCAAGUUAUCAACGGUCAAAUUAUGAUCAGAGCAAACUCCAAAAGAAAUUUGUGUGUUAAGUGUUUUCUUGCCUUAAAUAUUUUUGAAGAGCAGUGUAUUGAGAUAAAAGCCUAAAGAUUUUAUCCUUCUAUUCAUGACUGUUGGUCCAUUAUCCUGGCCACAGUUGAGUAUUUGAUUCUGGAUUGUGGGGUUUGUCCCUGCAUCAAGAGCUAGCUCUUUAGCUGGGUGUUCCACUUCAAGAGUGGCCUGAAGUGCUUGGUUUUUCCUGAGUGGAUAUCCAAGGUUUUUUUUGGAUUUAUCUGUUGUUCUAGACUUCUGUUCAGGUCGUUUGUGCUUUCUGGUUAUUAUAUAUCCUUGCCAGUCUGCUUUUCUUGCAAGAUUAAUCCCUGAAGAAUUUGUUUUGUGUUGAUUGUCCAUGAGCAUGUUUCUGUUUUUUUAUGCUCUGGAAAGAGAAAAAACAAUAAGGUCAGUGUUUGUUGCUCUUUAUGUUACUGGAAGUCUGAGAACUGUACUUAUACUGAGUUAACAACUUCAAUAUUUCGCUCCCUCUCGAACAAGACAACAGAACAUUUGUUUUUCUUGGAAAAAUCAAGUGUAGAUUCAUAUUAGCACAGUCUUGCAAGAAAGGUGUACUGAUUAGGAUUCAGCAUAACCUGAAAAAUAUAUUUGGGGAAAUCUGACUUGAGCCAGCUAGUCAACUAGCCAAAUGCACACAAACCAAAACUUCAAAUAUUUUUUACAGAAAAAGCUAAAUAACCCUCCAAUUCUAAUUGAAUUCAAGGUAAAUCAUAAAAUAACUCUAGUUCUUAACAGUGAUACCUUACGCCCAGUGUUUACACAGUGAUGUGUGAACAUCCAUACCUUCUGAUAGCUACUGUAAAGCUGAUAGCCUUUAAAUAACUUGCACAUCAUGAUAUAUAAGAUUUAAGGAAAUCUGUUUUAAUAGGAUUAAUCAUACAUCAUUUGAUACUCUAAAUGCUGUACUUUGUAAAAGGAAACCUGUUCGAUGUUGCAACUAUGAAGGAUGCAGUGAUAGAAUGAUUGCAAUUUAUGUAUAUUUAUUUAGUUUUACGGCUGUUUCACCAGUUUGAAUGUUGUAAACACACCUUUACAAAAGGGCCUUUAUUAUUUAAUAGCAAAUUCAGCAAAGGCAGCCUUUGUGCUUUAUUACCAGUACUAAGACUGAGAUUAUUCUUAUUCCUUGCCUUGAGUCUAAGUAAAUACAAUGUAAAUAAACAGACUUUUAUUACUUGGUGAAAAAAAAAAGAAGAAAGAAAAGUUGUCAUCACCAUGUUUUCAGGUUUUCCUAAGUGUUCUGAUUUUAGAAUUUUGUCUAACCAGCGUGUGCUGAUUCAGUUUGAAGUAGAACAUCAUAGUGGCUGUUAACUUUUAACAAAUGGAUGGAACACAGAUAUGUGCAUUGCAUUCAAGAGAGCAUAGAGAUUUGUUUAUUUGUAACGUGCAGAUGUGUACUUUCAUCAAGAGACUUUUAUUUUGCCUGGAAGUGAAGUGUCACUUUUGAGACUGUACUGUCAUGAGUAAACCUUUGCUAGUGUUUUGAUAUGUAGAAUGUUGUGUGUGUAUGCGUAACACGAUUUUGAAAUGUAGCUGCUGUUCCCACUGCAAAAACACACAAAAAAAAAAUCUGGCAAAGAGGAAAACGGGUAGCUUUUGUGGUUUGCUCUGGGAACAACACUCGCUGCAAAUCAUGCUGUGCUAAAUAUAUUGUACAUGUAAAAACACAACUUGUGUUCGAGUAACCUGAACUAAUGUCUUUUAAAAACAGAGCUCUGCGUUUUGUACAUCCCAAGUAAACAACUUUCUAACUGA